AUGCUUGAGCGCUUGCACGUGCAAAGUGUCUCUGACGAGCUGUACCAGGACGAGAGUCAUGACGACUACGGCGAAGUCGCCGCCGAGGAGAACGACACGCUGACCUACAGCAAUCCGGUGAUUGAUAUGGUCAUCGAGGACAGCGGCGUCGAGGGGUUCCGUUCGCCCACCAACUUCACUGCCGACGAGUUCGAGACGAUCUGGAGUGUCGACGAGUUAUCUCCUUAA